AUGACCGCAUCACAAACAAUAGAUUUUGAUCCUACGUUCGCAAUAUGCGCUGAGUCAGAGAGCCCAGCCUCUCUGAGUCCUAGCAUAGUUUCAACUUCUCCGGCUCCACCGACUCCGUCUUGCUCGCGGAAGCGGCCAGCCGAUUCAGAUGCGUCGUCACUGCCACAUUGCAAGGGGCGUCGCUCAUCAGAAGAAGAAAAACUUGCUCGGCGCCUGGCACGACAACAGCGAAAUCGCAAGUCUGCCCAGGUCUCUCGGGAAAAGAAAAAGGCAUAUGUUGAUCAGUUGGAACAUGACCUCGCAGUUCUUCGCGCCGAGAAGCAGGAGACUUCUCAGCGGGAGAAAGAGGCUAUUGAGAAGUGUGCAAAGCUUGAACUGAAAGUCGAAGAGUUGAGUGGAAAGCUACGUCAGUUCGAGUCCGUCUUUGAGGUUUGGAUCAAGCCGCAUCUACACGCCACUAAUGCUGGCUCGUUGGUGGCAUCUGCAUGUGGUGCUGAGUCUCAGUGUAUGAAGAAAGAGGGUGAAGAUUGCGAGGUGAACUCGUCUAUUUCUGAUGUUGUGCUAGCAACUGCAGCGCCGGCCGCUGCGCUGACCAUGGCUGGUCCAUCGAGUCCCAUCGACAGCAACUCGUCUGGACGCACUUGUCUUCCGGCAGACCACUCCGUGUCGUCGGCCUGUGCAGCAGCCAACGGCAGCAGCGUUGCUUCGGAGCACACAUCAGACACAGACGCAUCCAUCUUGCUCGAAGAACUCUCUUUCGACAACCUGUUCCCCAGCACCAUGCCGGAUGUUUCCCUCGACGCUCAACAUUUUGACGAGUCGAUGCACCCAUUCACCUCGAUAUCAAACACAGUUCCGAUCUUCCACUCUUCGACUUCGACUCAAGAUCCCGCAGGGCAGACUGAAGAUGGUUCUUCGAAAGUAUGUGAGCGUUCCAGCGAUGACAGCAUAAUUGGUCUGCCAUCCUCAGACCUAAGUCUUCUUAUCUCUCCUUUCACACCUUCAUCUGAUUCAAGCUGGCAAUCUAUGGAUGACGAGGCAUCUUUUCAUGCUUCUGGUGUAACUCCAACGGACAAAGCGAACGUGACCGAGCCUGUUGCACCCAUACUGUCAUCAGUGUGCAGCUCUAGCAAUCAACAGCAUCAGCUGUCUCACCUCUCACCCUGUGGAUAUUUGGAUGUGGAUCUACCUGUUGGUUCGGAGGCUUCUAAUAUCUCAUUACAUGAAUUGUUCCCGUCUGUCAACGACCAAUUUUUACCGUGUAUGUAG